AUGUCUGAGGAUCAGGAAGCACAGACUGAUGAACUGCUGGCUCUAGCGAGUAUUUAUGAUAAGGAGUUUCGCCGAGCCGAAUUCAGCCGUGAAGGAGAAAUCCACCUGUGUCUGGAGCUUCCCCGGGACUUCAAGCUGCUGGUCAAAGGGGAUAAAUGCGUGGAGUACAGCGUGUCCUUUCUGCCUCCUUUGGUCUUGAGUUUCGAGCUUCCUGUCGAUUAUCCUUCCUCAUCAGCGCCAAUGUUUAUGCUGAGCUCCAAGUGGCUCUCUAGACUCCAGCUGACGUCUUUGUGUAAGCGUCUGGAUGACCUGUGGCAGGAGAAUAAGGGCAGUGUGGUGCUCUUCACCUGGAUCGAGUUCCUCAAAGACGAGGCUUUGGACUUCCUGGGCCUGCAGUCUCCUCUGGAGAUGGCCAGCAUCAGUACCAAACAUUCUCAGCUAGAGAGCUGCAGAACCGAUGGAGCCACCAACCGAGCUGAAAGCGCAGGCGUAGAGAAGAAGAAGCCGGUGGAGCUGGACCCCCGUGCGGUCCUGGAGUCGCACAUGGACUUGCUGUGCCAGCUCCUGGACUUUGACGAAGCUCAGACACAGAAGUUCUUUGACAGUAAGGUCUUCUGCUGCGGGAUCUGCUUCUCUGAGAAGCCGGGCUCCAGCUGCACGCUCUUUAAAGGGUGUCAGCACGUUUACUGCAAAGCCUGCAUCAAGGAGUUCUUCCAGAUCCAGAUCCGAGCCGGCCAAGUUCAGUGCCUUACCUGCCCCGAGCCCAAGUGCGCCUUUGUAGCGGCCCCUUCCCAGGUGAAGCUGCUGGUCGGCGAGGACGAGUUUGCGCGCUACGAUCGCUUGUUGCUUCAGAACACCCUGGACCUGAUGUCCGACGUCAUGUACUGUCCCCGCAGGUCCUGUGGCUCGGCCGUGGUGCUGGAGCCCGACUCCACCAUGGGCCUGUGUCCUGGCUGCCGCUACGCCUUCUGUACGCUGUGCAAGCACGCCUACCACGGCCUCUUCCACUGCCUGCCUUCCUCCCAUGAGCUUCAUGACCUGCAUGGGGAGUACAUGGCUGCCUCUAAGGAUAGGAAAAGAUUCAUGGAGCUGCGUUUUGGGAAGCAGGCGAUGCGGCGUGUUGUGGAGGAGACCUGCAGUAAGAAGUGGCUGAAAAAGAACUCUAAAUCCUGCCCUUGCUGUGGAUGUCACAUUCAGAAGAUAGAAGGCUGCAACAAAAUGACCUGCUCCACCUGUGGUCAGUACUUCUGCUGGAUCUGCAGGACUCCUCUGUCUGGAACCAACCCCUACAGCCACUACAGGAACCCCAAACUGCCCUGCUACAACAAGGCAAUCUCCACACUUUUUGCUUUGAGUGUUUGGGGGAAAGUCACGCUUUCCAAGGGCUUGAGGGAGGUUGGGCUGUGA